CGCCAUGUCAGUCUGUCCCUCUAUCAUUCUAUCUAUCAAAACUAUCCAAACACGUUCCGUUUCCGAAACUAUCUUUGUUCACAAGUACUUGUUUAAAAUAUUUAUAUGCUUCCGAUGUGUUAAAUUGUGUUUCCAACUUUGAAAAUAAAAGAGUGAAACAUCUAAAAGAUAUGCAGUAAUUCUAAUGAACAUCUUCAACGAGAAUAGAUUUAAACAUGAUAUACGUAGUCAGCAAUUUCUCAUACUAUAGCAAAAACCGCUUAAUAAUUUGACAAAUACAUAGGAACUCUUUAACAUUUACACAAAAUUGAAUAAAAAACUAAAAGACAUAAUAUCGAUAUCAGUGACGCAACGUCACUGGUUGUGACUUCGAAACCCACGGAAUGUUGUCGAAUAUCUCCUCCUUGCCAAUAAAAUGUGGAGCUUUCGGCCUCACUGUGAGAACGACGUACAAUUGUUCUCGUAUAGGUAACCGCGACUGGGUGGGUCACGGGGUCAAUGGUAUGGCUAACUACAAGGAUGAUGCCCAUUUCCCGUUCCCUGCUGUGCGUUUCAAGGAGAACACCAGGGAUAUCUGUGCUCUUCGUGAGAAGGAGAAGGGGGACUGGCGGCUACUUUGCUGCGAAGAAAAGAAGGCUUUAUACCGGGCGUCGUUCUGCCAAACAUUCUCGGAGUUCCAGCAUCCGACGGGCCAGUGGAAGUUUUGUGUUGGCUGGGCGCUGUUCCUCACUUCCUUCACCUUCUGGAUGGUCAUGUUCAGCCACUACUAUGUAUGGGAACCUCUACCGAGCUCGUUCUCAAAGGAAUCGCAGAAGGCUCAACUUCGAAGAAUGCUCGAGCUACGCGUGGCACCGAUUGAUGGGCUUUCCUCGCGUUGGGACUACGACAACGAUCGAUGGAAGAAAUAAUUCUUGCAGUGAAUAAGCCAGAAGUGACGUUAUUUAAUUAUUAUUUUAAUUUACAUUUAAUUUUAACUUGUUUAAAAAAGCUUGUUCAGUUUAUUGGUUAUAUUAAAAUAAAUGCUAUUAUUUUUA